AUGUGCAGCAUCAGCAGCAGAUCUCGCGCAGCAGCAGCAGCAACCCGAGCGCAGCAGCGGUGGGUCGCGCUGCAGCAGCAGCCCCAGGAGCAGCAGCAGCGGCAGCAGCAGCUGCUGCUGCGGCUGCUGCUGCUUGUCAAGCGAGGACAGCAGCAACAGCAGAUGUUAGUGCAUAUAUUUAAACACAACUGCAGCAGCACCCACACGCAGUGUGCAACAGCAGCAGCAACAACAAUAACAGCAGCAGCAGCAACAGCAGCACUCAAAAUGGAGCAGCAGAAACAGGAGCAACAGCAGCCGCAGCAGCAGCAGCAGCAGCAGCCGCAGCACGUCCGCACCCGCAGCAGCAGCAGCAACAGCACAGACACAAUGCAGCGGCUGCUCUUCGACCCUCUCUCCCCUCACCCCCUCAUCAUCCUUACCGGUGCAGGCCUUAGCAGCAAGAGCGGCAUUCCUUUGUAUCGCAAGCAGAGCCCGAAGCAGCAGCAGCAGCAGGAGCAGCAGCAGCAGCAGCGGAGCAGGCGGCCAUCCAAGGGGAAGCACCAAUCACUGCCGUACUCCAGACCAAAGCAGCAGCAGCAGCAACAGCAGCAGCAGCAGCAAGAGCAGCUCGCAGCAUCUUUGGGUGUAUGGGGAGCUUUCUCCCCAGACAACGCAACACUGGAGAUAGCAAUGGCUUCCCCCUCAGACUGGCUAUGGCGCUUCUGGUUUGCUGCACAUCCUCCUCAGCUGUACGCUCGCUGCUUCCCUUCCUUGUCUCACUUCUUGUUGGGGCUGCUGGUGCUGCAGCAGCCGCAGCGGCUGCUGCUGCUGACGCAGAAUGUGGAUAACCUAGAGCGAUAUGCGGUGCUGCUGCUGCUGCAGCUCUUCGCUGCGCCUCUGUCUGGUCUCCGGCUUCUCUCGCUGCAGCAACAGCCGCAGCAAGAACACAAGCAGCAGCUGCUGCUGCAGCAGAAGCAGCAGCAGCAUCAGCAGCAGGGCUGUCUUGUAGCCCUGCAGAAGUCAUAUCGCGCUGCUGUACAAGCUGCUGCGCCAUCAGCAGCUGAAGCUGCUGCUGCUGGUCCGGAAGCUGCUGCUGCUGCUGCGGCAGGAGCAGCAGCUGCUGCUUCCGACUUCCCUCUAAACAACUCUUUUUUUGUACUGCCUUGGUCCGUGCCGCUCCACGAGCUCCAUGGCAAUGUCUUUUUCUUCAGGUGCAUGCAGCAGCAGCUGCUGCUGCAGCAGCAGCUGCAGCAGCAGCAGCAGCAGCAGCAGGCUGCCGUGUGUCCGUUUGCGUUCGAGGCAGCGCUCCAUCACUCUCAGGUAUUGUGGGUUGCAGUGAAUCAAAGGGAGGCCCCCCUCUUAGGGUCUCCGUUUGCUGCUGCUGCUGCUGCAGCACCAGCAGCAGCAGCAGCAGCAGCAACAGCAGCAGGGGGUAUUGUGCGUCCUCUGUGCCCCUGCUGCGGCAGCGUUUGUCUACCUCUCUGUCUCCUUUUUGAUGAAUGUCUCUUUUCUCCCCACAAGGCCUUUGCUGCUGAAGGCCUUGUACGAGCAUUGCUUCUUGCUGCUGCUGCUGCUGCUGCAUCCGGCAGCUGCGGCGCUGCUGCUGCUGCUGCUGUUGCAGCGGCUGCUGCCCAAGGCCUCUAUGACCCCGCGCACUUGCUGCUGCAGCCAGAACGGCAGCAGCAAAUGCUGCUGCCUCAGCUGGCGGCGCUGCAGGCUCCGCUCCUGCGUGGCUUGCUGAAGCAGACUCCUGUUGCUGCUGAGAAUGCAGCAGCAGCAGCUGCUGCUGCUUCCAGUGCUGCGGUUGACUCAGAGGCCUUGUUGCUUCAGAUAGCUGAGGAGCCCCACAGAAGCUCCUCUAAUUUGCUGCAGCAGCAGCAACCCCAGACAGGCAGCAGCAAAUGCUGCAACAGCAGCUGCAGCAGCAGCAACUGCGGCUGCGUUGCUGCUGCUGCUGCGUAUCUUACCUGUAUUGGCGGCGCCAGGUGUAUCUGUAGCUCUUGCCGCUCCCCACAGAGCUCGCUGCUGCCCUCCGUCGCAGCAGCAGCAGCAAGCCCUGCUGCUGCUGCUGACAGCGUUGCUGAUAUUCGUGACGCUGCUGCCGCAACCUCUGUGUCCAGAGCGAUCAGCAGCAGCAGCAACGGCAGCAGCAGCAGCAGCAACGGCAGCAGCAACGGCAGCGGCAACGGCAGCAGCAGCAGCAGCAGCAACGGCAGCAGCAAGAGCAGCAACAGGAAGGCUUGGGUGCCUGGUGCGCCGGCCUUCGCUUUGCUGCUAGGGACUUCGCUUAGCACUGGCAGCAGCGACUGGCUGCUGCUGCUGCUGCAGCAGUUUGGUGGCAGUGCAGCAGCAGUAAACAACGGCGAAGGGCAGCUGGAUGUUUGCUUCGACUUCUAUUUGCAGCAGCAGCAAAUAGUAGCAGAUGCAGGGAAAGCUGUUGUGCGGUCCGCCCGUCUGCUGGAGCAGCAGCAGCAGCAACAGGAGCACGAAGAGGAGCAGCAGCACUUAGAGCAUCACGCACCGCAACACUGCACCGACAACAGCAGCAGCAGCAGCAACGGCGGCAGCGCGCCGCAGGCAGCGGGUUCAGCAGCAUCUUCAGGAGCAGCAGCAGCAGCAGCAGGAUCUGCAGCAGCAGCAGAGCUGCGAGGAAGUUUGUCUGUUCUGGGGCGCCGCUUUGAGCUAGCAGGAGCAGCAGCAGCAGGUGGUGUUGCUGUUACAAGCCGCAGCAGGAAGCUGCGGCGGGUGCGUGAAGAUCUAAAUGAAUGGCUGCUGCGGCUCUGCCCUUUCGAUUUGCUGCAGUGGCUGCAGAGACACCACACGAGGCUUCAAGAAGCACACAGAGAAGCUCUUGCUGCUGCUGCUGCUGCUGCUGCUGCAGCAAGAACAAAGAGCCAUGCGAAUCCUGAAGCUGCAGCUGCAGCUGCAGCAGCAAAUGCUGCAGUUGUGAAGGCAGAAGCUGCCUCUAGUCAGCAUACCCCUGCCGCUGUUGUUGCUGCUGCAGUGCACCAAAACUUAUGA